AUGCUUAAAUGUGAAACAGAUGAUGAAAUUGGUAUGACAUUAAUGAACAAAAUUCUGACAGCAUGCAGUGACAGCAACAACUUGACAGAAACUGCACAAUCAACCAACAACGUCGAGAACAAUUACACAAGUAUAGAUAAUAAACUAAUAGAUUAUAAGUUUAUGUGGAUCCCGGCAAUACGAAGUCAAACAAGAGGAAGAGCAAGUGGAGGAUGUUACUUUGGUUACAAAAAAGAGUUAGUAAACUUGAAGUGUGAGUUUCUCAAUCAAAAUCACCCAACGUACGUUAAAUUGCAAAUCAACAACAAAACCCUUUUGAUACUCCCCCUGUACUUGAAUUGCAAUAAUUGGGAUGAGGACUUUGAUAAUCUCGGCGAGAUAUUUAAUACGAUUAGUUCAUCGAAAAUAAUGCUGAUUGGGGAUCUGAACGGGAGAAUCGGUCAAGUUGCAGGAACAAUUAACGAAGCAAAAGGAAUUAAUAGGCAGACUAAAGAUGUAGUGUGCAAUACAAGAGGAAAACGAAUAAUUGAACUGUGUGACUCGUUUGGAUUGAGAAUUCUAAAUGGAACAAUGCCCAGUGACGUUUCUGGUGAUUUUACUUUUGUUGGUGGUCAAGGUUCAUCAACUAUUGAUUAUUCAAUGAUAGGCGAAGAUUGGGAACCCUUUGUGACUGAUUUCGAGGUGCGAGAACUUCCAUACUCAGACCAUCUGCCGAUAGUCGUUACCUUACGGAUGACUGGGCAUUCAACUGUGGUAAAUAACAUCGACCAAUUACUUCCUAGACUCAACUGGAAACUCUCAAAAGCCUCUUUAUACAGACAACGUUUGGACACGAAUCUACACAACAGCCAAAAUACGGACUUUCGCUUGCUAGAUCAAAUUGUUAAGGCAUCUUAUCCACAGCAGCAGAUUAGUACUACACGAAACAAAAUAAGGGUAGAGCCUUGGUUUGACGAAGAAUGCCAGAAGGCACGCAGAAUUUCAUUCGCAUGGCUCAGGAAUUUCAGAAACUCACCUCAAGGUCAAUUUAGAAACAUAUACAUCGAAGCUAAUACGACAUAUAAAAAACUGUGCAAAAGCAAAAAGCGAGAGUAUGAGGAACGACAAGCGGCCAGGUUGGCCUCCUGUAAUAAUGCAUCAACGUUUUGGAAACUUGCGUGGGAGCUAAAUGGUAAAAAACCGCCAAUACACAAAAAUCUGUGUGCAAAUAUGCUAGCCGAACACUUUCGGAAACUCCUCAACCCAGAAAUGAUGCCAUCGAUCUGGCAAUAUGCAACACCUGGUAUAACCAAUGAAAUAUUGGACUCGCAGUUUACUGCACAAGAAUUGGAGCAAGCGUUAUGUACUCUGAAAGAUGGGAAAGCAGCAGGCGCAAACGGUAUCCCAGCCGAAUUUUACAAAUAUGGCACUUCUGCACUUAAUGAUCGACUUCUUACGAUGUUCAAUAAAGUCAUAGAGGGGAAUUUGGUAGUGAAUGAAUUUCAAGAAGCUGUUAUAUUCCCAAUACAUAAGAAAGGAUCAUACGCGGAUGCUUCAAACUAUCGGGGCAUUUCCUUCUUGAAUGCAACAUAUAAAAUUCUUACAACGAUGAUGCAGAAAAGGCUCAACAAGUGGAUUAAGUCUCAGAACAUACUGAAAGAGUUUCAAGCAGCGGCAUUCGAUACAAUAAAUAGAGGUGCCUUAUUCUACAAGCUAUAUAACGCGGGGUUAUCGAUGAAAUUUGGACGUGCGCUAGAGAAUCUCUAUAGAGGAACACGAGCGGCUGUAUGGAAUGGUGCAGAGUUGUCAGAUUGGUUUGUGACCUCAUCCGGAGUAAGGCAAGGCUGCACAUUGAGCCCCACUUUGUUCUCACUUUUUAUAAAUGACCUGAUUGAUUAUCUUCCUGGUGGCGUGGAUUUCGCAGGAACACAUAUGAAAGCCUUAUUAUUUGCAGAUGAUAUUGUCAUGUUUGCGUAUUCGCCGGAAGCAUUACAGCUUAUGAUAAACAGGUUAUAUAAUUAUUGUUGCUUAUGGAACUUAAUCGUUAAUACGCAAAAGUCUAAAGUGAUGAUAUUUAAAAACGGUGGUGGAAGAAAUGCUUCUAACGAGAAAUGGUCAUUUAACGGAGAAGCCUUAGAGUGUGUAACCGAAUACAAAUACCUAGGGGUAAUUUUUACGAGAAGUUUGAGCAUGCAGAAGCAUUUAACUGUGAAGUUAGAAAAGGCGAAAACAGCCAUUAACAUAUCACGGAAAAGAUGCUUCAUGAACAGAAACAUUGCGCAUAGCAGUAAACACAAGGUAUUUGAAGCAGUAUCGGAGAGCAUACUUUUAUAUGGCGCACAAGUUUGGGGAUGUAUGAGAUUUCAAACGGUGGAAAAACUCUUGACACACUAUAUUAAAAGGAUAUUUAGCUUACCAGUCAACACACCAAAUUACGUGGUAAUGCUCGAAACAGGACUAUCACCUUUACACAUAAAGACCUUGAAGUUGCAAGCCGAUUUUCUUCAGUACAUAUUCAAUUUAUCAGAAUCCAGAUUAGUCAAGAAGGUAGCUAUCAGUGCCAUACUUGAACGAAACAGCUGGUAUAGAGAGUGGUCAAAACUAGCUGAAGAAUGCAAUUUAAGCUUUGAUUUAAACCUGGAAAACAUUGGUAGUUGCAAGACUCUCUUCUACAAUGUAAUCUCGAAGGUGGAUGAGAAAUGUAGAGCUGAAUAUAUAGCUGAAGCCUCCAGUUCCGUCUACAGAACAGUUUACAGUAGAUUAAAUCACAAUUUGGCAGAGAAAAACUAUUUUCAUGACUCUAAUAAGGUUAAUGUUAUCGCUACAAUGGUCAGACUUCGCCGCGAGCUUAUCAAUCUGAACUUCAUGCCUCACAGACCGGAUCUACCAUUAGAAUGCAGCAUUUGCAACAUGAAAGAAAGAGAAGACGAAAUUCACUUUUUGGGAAGAUGCCCAACUCUGAAAGAAACCAGAAGAAGCGUUCUUGGAAGCGAUGUUUUAUCUGAAGAGCAAGUCCUGGACGAAUUGAAUCAAAUGAACAUUAAUAGACUUUAUGAAUAUUGUGUAAUUGCGCUCAGAUAUAGAGCAAGAAUAAUUAACGAAGAUUUUUGA